AUGUCCAGCGCCCGGACCCCCCUGCCCACGCUGAACGAGAGGGACACGGAGCAGCCCACCUUGGGACACCUCGACUCCAAGCCCAGCAGUAAGUCCAACAUGCUGCGGGGCCGCAGCUCAGCCACCUCUGCUGACGAGCAGCCCCACAUUGGCAACUAUCGGCUCCUCAAGACCAUUGGCAAGGGCAACUUCGCCAAAGUGAAACUGGCGCGGCACAUCCUGACCGGGAAAGAGGUCGCUGUGAAGAUCAUUGACAAGACUCAGCUGAACUCCUCCAGCCUCCAGAAACUGUUCCGGGAAGUGAGGAUAAUGAAGGUUUUGAAUCACCCCAACAUAGUUAAGUUGUUUGAAGUGAUUGAGACGGAAAAAACUCUCUACCUGGUCAUGGAGUAUGCCAGUGGAGGAGAGGUGUUUGAUUACCUCGUGGCUCACGGCAGGAUGAAAGAAAAAGAGGCUCGCGCCAAGUUCCGCCAGAUAGUGUCUGCUGUGCAGUACUGCCACCAGAAGUUUAUUGUUCACAGAGACUUAAAGGCAGAAAACCUGCUCCUGGACGCUGACAUGAACAUCAAGAUCGCAGACUUUGGGUUCAGCAAUGAGUUCACCUUUGGGAACAAGCUGGACACGUUCUGCGGGAGCCCCCCGUACGCGGCCCCGGAGCUCUUCCAGGGCAAGAAGUACGACGGGCCCGAGGUGGACGUGUGGAGCCUGGGCGUCAUCCUGUACACACUGGUCAGCGGGUCCCUGCCGUUUGAUGGACAGAACCUCAAGGAACUGCGGGAGCGGGUACUGAGGGGGAAAUACCGUAUUCCGUUCUACAUGUCCACAGACUGUGAAAACCUGCUUAAGAAAUUCCUCAUUCUCAAUCCCAGCAAGAGAGGCACUUUAGAGCAAAUCAUGAAAGAUCGGUGGAUGAAUGUGGGUCACGAAGAUGACGAAUUAAAGCCUUACGUGGAGCCGCUCCCUGACUACAAGGACCCCCGGCGGACAGAGCUGAUGGUGUCCAUGGGUUACACACGAGAGGAGAUCCAGGACUCGCUGGUGGGCCAGCGGUACAACGAGGUGAUGGCCACCUACCUGCUCCUCGGCUACAAGAGCUCGGAGCAGGAAGGCGAUGCCAUCACCUUGAAGCCCAGGCCUUCAGCGGAUAUGACCAACAGCAGUGCUCCCUCCCCCUCCCACAAGGUACAGCGGAGCGUCUCGGCCAACCCCAAGCAGCGGCGCUUCAGCGACCAGGCUGGUCCUGCCAUUCCCACCUCAAACUCCUACUCUAAGAAGACUCAGAGUAACAACGCGGAGAACAAGCGGCCUGAGGAGGACCGGGAGUCCGGGCGGAAGGCCAGCAGCACAGCCAAAGUGCCUGCCAGCCCCCUGCCCGGCCUCGAGAGGAAGAAGACCACCCCCACCCCCUCCACGAACAGCAUCCUCUCCACCAGCACAAACCGAAGCAGGAAUUCCCCGCUUUUGGAGCGGGCUAGCCUCGGCCAGGCCUCCAUUCAGAACGGCAAGGACAGCACAGCCCCCCAGCGUGUCCCCGUCACCUCCCCCUCCGCCCACAACAUCAGCAGCAGCGGAGGAGCCCCCGACCGAACUAACUUCCCCCGGGGUGUGUCCAGCCGGAGCACCUUCCACGCUGGGCAGCUCCGGCAAGUGCGGGACCAGCAGAAUUUGCCCUACGGUGUAACGCCAGCCUCUCCCUCUGGCAACAGCCAAGGACGGCGGGGGGCUUCGGGGAGCAUUUUCAGCAAAUUCACCUCCAAGUUCGUACGAAGGAACCUGAACGAACCUGAAAGCAAAGACCGAGUGGAGACUCUGAGACCUCACGUGGUGGGCGGCGGCGGCAGCGACAAGGAGAAGGAGGAGUCCCGGGAGGCCAAGCCGCGCUCGCUGCGCUUCACGUGGAGCAUGAAGACCACGAGCUCCAUGGAGCCCAACGAGAUGAUGCGGGAGAUCCGCAAGGUGCUGGACGCCAACAGCUGCCAGAACGAGCUGCACGAGAAGUACAUGCUGCUGUGCAUGCACGGCACGCCGGGCCACGAGGACUUCGUGCAGUGGGAGAUGGAGGUGUGCAAACUGCCGCGGCUCUCCCUCAACGGGGUGCGCUUUAAGCGGAUAUCCGGCACCUCCAUGGCCUUCAAGAACAUCGCCUCCAAAAUAGCCAACGAGCUGAAGCUUUAA